CGGAUGUGAGCUCACGGCGCCGCCCCUUCCCCGCCGUGCCGGUUCCGCCGCCCGCAGCCCCGCCUCGCUCCGUCCCGGGGCUCGGCCCGCGCUCCCGGCUCCGCCAGGGCCGGCCGGGCCGCCACGGCUGAAGUGGGAGAGCUUCAAGCGGAGGCAGAGCCAUGGGGAACCAGCUGGCUGGCAUCGCCCCCUCGCAGAUCCUCUCGGUGGACAGCUACUUCUCCGACAUCCACGACUUCGAGUAUGACAAGAGCCUGGGCAGCACCCGCUUCUUCAAGGUCGCCCGUGCCAAGCACCGGGAAGGGCUGGUGGUUGUGAAGGUGUUCGCCAUCCAGGACCCAACCUUACCCCUGACCAGCUACAAGCAGGAGCUGGAGGAGCUGAAGAUAAGGUUGCACUCGGCGCAGAACUGCCUGCCCUUCCAGAAAGCUACCCUAUCUGAAAAGGCUGCCAUGCUUUUCCGACAGUAUGUACGGGACAACCUCUACGAUCGGAUUAGCACCAGGCCCUUUCUGAACAACAUCGAGAAAAGGUGGAUCGCCUUCCAGAUCCUUACCGCGGUGGACCAAGCUCACAAGUCUGGAGUCCGCCAUGGGGACAUUAAAACGGAGAACAUCAUGGUGACCAGCUGGAACUGGGUUCUGCUGACUGACUUUGCCAGUUUUAAACCAACUUACCUUCCUGAAGACAAUCCUGCUGAUUUCAAUUAUUUCUUUGACACAUCCCGGAGGAGAACGUGUUACAUCGCUCCCGAGCGCUUUGUUGAUGGCAGUAUGUUUGCUACGGAGCUGGAAAACAUGCGAGACCCUUCAACUCCUUUGGUAGACUUGGCAAAUAGCAAUCAGCGAACGAGGGGGGAGUUAAAACGUGCCAUGGAUAUCUUUUCUGCAGGCUGUGUAAUAGCAGAGCUCUUCACAGAAGGUGUACCUUUGUUUGAUUUAUCUCAGCUUUUGGCUUACAGAAAUGGCCUCUUUUUCCCUGAUCAAGUCCUAAACAAAAUUGAAGACCGCAGUAUCAGAGAACUGGUCACUCAGAUGGUCCAUCGUGAGCCAGAACGUUUAGCAGCUGAAGAUUUGAAACAAAAACGUAACCAUGCUUUUUCCCUGAAAUAUUUUUACACUUUCCUUCAGCCUUACAUGGCCCAGUUUGCCAAGGAAACAUUUGUAUCGGCGGAUGAACGUAUAUUGGUGCAUACGUAAAGAUCUGGACAAACAUUCAUUCACAAUCUCUGUGGGCAUGAUCGCACAGAGAAAGCCGAGGGAGAGACAAAAGAGAAUGGGCUGGUUAUUCUCGUGUCUGUGAUAACUUCCUGUUUACAGACCCUCAAAUAUUGUGAUUCAAAACUGGCUGCUUUGGAAAUGGGAAUUCUUCAUUUAGCACCAAGAUUAAGUGUAGAGAUUCUUCUGGAUCGUAUUACUCCUUAUCUAUUACAUUUCAGCAACAACUCUGUGCCUAGGGUAAGGGCAGAAUCUGUGAGGACACUAACUAAAGUUCUCGCUCUCGUCAAAGAGGUGCCACGCAAUGAUAUUAACAUUUACCCAGAGUACAUUCUGCCAGGCAUUGCGCACUUGGCCCAGGAUGAAGCCACCAUCGUCAGACUUGCAUAUGCUGAAAACAUAGCAUUGCUGGCAGAAACAGCUCUGAGAUUUCUGGAGUUAGUACAGCUGAAAAAUCUGAACAUGGAAAAUGAACCAAGUAGUGAAGAAACAGAUGAAACAUCUCACCCUAGUGAUAACUAUGACACAGAAUUGCAAGCCUUGCAUGAAAUGGUCCAGCAGAAGGUUGUGACUCUGCUUAGUGACCCAGAGAAUAUUGUGAAACAAACACUGAUGGAAAAUGGGAUAACACGUCUCUGUAUCUUUUUUGGACGUCAGAAAGCUAAUGAUGUUCUUCUGUCUCACAUGAUCACUUUCUUAAAUGAUAAGAAUGACUGGCAUCUUCGAGGAGCUUUCUUUGACAGCAUUGUUGGAGUUGCUGCUUAUGUUGGCUGGCAAAGCUCAUCAAUACUGAAACCUCUGCUUCAGCAAGGUCUCAGUGAUGCCGAAGAAUUUGUCAUAUAUAAAGCUCUCAAUGCUCUUACCUGUAUGUGCCAGUUGGGGCUCUUGCAAAAACCCCAUAUUUAUGAGUUUGCUUGUGAUAUUGCACCUUUCCUGUGUCAUCCUAAUCUCUGGAUACGUUAUGGUGCAGUUGGAUUUAUCACAGUGGUAGCACAGUAUUUGAAUAUUGCUGAUGUCUACUGCAAGUUAAUGCCAUACCUCCAUCCUUUUAUCACACAACCAAUAAUACAGGUAAUUCUUCAAGUAAUAUUAAUAUGA